UUGUGGCGACAUCAAACAGCAGGAGGAAGAGGAAUAAAAACGCCCUACCAAGUAGCGUGCCCGCCUCCCUCCAUCUCUCCAUCCGUACUUCCCACCGACUCCUCUCUUGCUCCUCAAGCCGCGUAGGUGCCUCCCGAGCCGGCCACAGGAGCGACCAUACCCCGUGGGGAAAAAAUGGCCUUUUAACGCACCGACUAGACUAAACGCGGAAUAGACAUGCUGCCGCUCUCCUCCUCCUUCCUUCACCUCCUCCUUAUCCUCCUCCUGCGGACCUCCUCCCCCGCCUCGGCUGACAGGCGCUUCGGUUGUCUGUUUGAGCGAGAUCUUUGUACACCGCUGGAGCUGUGCGUCAAUGACGGGAUGUUCGGGAGGUGCCACUCCAUCCCUGUCGAGGAUGCUUAUUUGUACGACGUAACUCUGCCAGUCGUGCAACACUUUAGAUUGUUGCUGGACAAGAUGGCCGCCAAAGGUUUGACGUGGGAAGACGACACCACCCAGCACAUUCUGGCCAAAGAACUUUCCAAAGUCGGGAGGAUUCCUCAGCGGCCGCCGUCAAACGCCGCUGCAGGCACGCGCGCCAGGCCGGCGGAUCCGGUGGAGGCGGAGCUUAACAGGAACCUGCAGGCGUAUCUCCGACGUGUCGGACUUCUCCCAAAGGGCAGCAAGAGCGGCGGAGUCCAGUCGGACCUCUACAGCUCCGUGCCGGAACUCCCGAUCUCUAAGACGUCUCCGUCCUUCAAAGCCCGGCAAAAGCCGUCGGCGAAUGAGCUCCAAGUGCUGUUGAGUUUCCUGACACUCCUCCUCUCAACACAGCCCGGCGCCUCGACCCGUCUCGGGAACUCCCGGUUCGGACCCGACGCUUCCGCUAAGCAACCUCUCACGUCGGUGGACGAAAAGUUCAUCCAGAACGUGUUGAGGAACAUGGGCAGGCAGCACCUGGACGUGGACAACCUGACGCCUCACGACGUGGACCAGCUGUCCGACUUCAUCGUGGACGCCCUUCAAGUGGUUGACAAGGACCGGGAACGGGUUCGACCUAGAGACUCUGAAGUCGAGGGAGGAGAAAGGAAGGAGGACGGAGAUGCGGAGCGAGCUUCCGCCACGAGGACGAGCUCUUCCGAUACGCCUGAAGGAGUCCAGUCAACGAGUAGCGAGGACAACGUGAAGGACAAGGCCGGCGGUGAAAACGUAUUCAGCAAACUGUUAAACUACUUGGACCAAAAAGCCUCUUGGUCUCCCUCCACUACCACGUCUCCUCCUCGCCGACGGUCGGGCGUGGAGAACGUCCACAGCCGCAGCGUGUCGGUGCAGAAGAAGGACGCUGAGCAGUCGGUGGAGGAAGUGUCAGAGGUGGCGGGCUGGCUGAGGGAGGUGGCGCCCCCGCCUGCCGCUGUCAAAUACCAGCCAACGCGUCAGAAGGUGCCCCAGGAACUCCAGCUGGACGUCAAAGCUGGUGGGAAGUCUGCCGGCGACGACGUCUUCGGAUACGUCAUCACAGACACUGACGGUCUUCAGACGGACCAAGGUCUGCACUUGAUGGAGAUAUUGGCUGGCAUGGCCAGAAUCCAAAUCAGCAACAUCGCCGAGUUGUCGGUGGUGGGCCCGGCAGUCACCUUCAAGGUCAGCCCCAACCGGCAAAAUGUUACCACGGCGGAUGUGGUGCGAGUGGCCGAGACACAGAAAGCGGCGCUGGAGAAGGAAGCCAAGCUCAGCAUCCUGGAGGCGGGAGUUGCAGAUGGCAACGAGAUCCUGGCCAUCCCGGGCAAGUACAGUCAGGCUGAGUCCACCAAGUUCCUGGCCCUGACAGUGGCUUCUAUCUUGUGCAUCGUCUUGGUACUGCUGUUAUCCAGUGUCAGCUACUGCCUCCGACACCGCUCGCACCACAAGCUCAAGGAGAAACUCACCAACCUGGGAGCGGACGCCGGCCAGGAUGCCACCGCCGCCUACCAGGAGUUAUGCCGUCAGCGCAUGUCGGUCAAGCCGCCGGCGGAGCGUCCGGAGCCGAGCUCGUCCCGCAUCAACAGCGUGUCUUCGCAGUUCAGCGACGGAGGGGGCGGCGCUUCGGCCGUCAGCCCUUCGGCCCGGAGUAGCCUUUCGUCCUGGAGCGAGGAGCCCGCUCAGCCCAACAUGGACAUCUCCACCGGCCACAUGAUCCUGUCGUACAUGGAGGACCACUUAAAAAACAAGAAUCGCCUGGAGAAGGAGUGGGAGGCCUUGUGCGCCUACCAGGCCGAGCCCAACGCGUGCACAGCGGGUCUGAAGGACGGCAAUGCCAAGAAGAACCGGUCGCUCGCCGUGGUAGCCUAUGAUCAUUCUCGCAUCACAUUGCGCCUGGAAAACAGUCAAGGCAAUUCUGACUACAUCAACGCCAGCCCUAUUAUGGACCACGACCCUCGGAACCCGGCCUAUAUCGUCACGCAAGGCCCGCUGCCGUCAACCGUGGCAGACUUCUGGCAGAUGGUUUGGGAGAACGGCUGCGUAGUGAUUGUCAUGCUGACGCCUUUGGUAGAGAAUGGUGUGAAACAGUGCUACCACUACUGGCCGGACGAGGGUUCCAAUCUCUACCACAUUUACGAGGUCAAUCUGGUGUCGGAGCACAUCUGGUGCGACGACUUCCUGGUACGGAGCUUCUACCUGAAAAACAUGCAGACCAAUGAGACGCGGACCGUCACGCAGUUUCACUUCCUGACUUGGCUCAACCAGAACGUCCCAGAGACCAGUCGCACCCUGCUGGACUUCCGCAGGAAAGUCAACAAGUGCUACCGCGGACGUGCCUGUCCUAUCAUUGUGCACUGCAGCGACGGUGCCGGCCGAAGCGGGACGUACGUCCUGAUCGACAUGGUCCUCAACAAGAUGGCGAAAGGGGCUAAGGAGAUCGACAUUGCGGCUACGUUGGAGCACCUGCGAGACCAACGUCCUGGGAUGGUCAACACCAAGGAUCAGUUCGAGUUUGCGUUGACGACGGUGGCCGAAGAAGUCAACGCCAUCCUUAAAGCGCUUCCUCAGUAGGAAAGGAGCGAUCGCUGGGGACCAAUGUUCCUCGUCAUCCCUCUUAAUCUUCUUCUGGUGAAUGAUGUUUGAGCGCCAUUGACCGGAUCAGACGUCUACUGCCGUCAAUGGCAACCCAGUGAGUUUAUAGUACUUCAUUCCUUUGACAUUGUAUCCCACUCCAAAGCAUGAUAGCAGUAAAACGGAAGUUGUGAGUCAAGAUAAACGGAGAUGUUCUUGUAUGUAGCAUUUAUUAGCUAUUCUUUUCAAUUUCUUUUAUUUUGAAAGGUGUUCCCGGAUUAGUUGUGCCCUCAACAGGUCCCUCUUUACAUCCCGACGUAGUUGUACGAAAACUUGCGUGUCGUAGCUGUACCUAGUUGUCAGCAUGCGGCCAUUUUUACCAUAGUUGCUUUAUUGGAAAGAUCAAGUAAGCCUGUUUUUGUUGGUGGUAUUACCUGUAUUUUUUAUUUUUGCCGUACUAGCCAUAUAAUUAGCAUAGAACUGAGUUGAGUGAUUAUUUGUGCAUGGCCAAUUAUUACGCUAUCAGUCGUUAUCGAGAGUUAUGGGAACUUCUACGAGCAGGUUUAAAGUGUAAAGUUGAUUUGUGUAAAACUACCGGGUCGCGUUAACACAUUGUACAGAAAAGUCAAAGAUGCUAUUUUGUUCUAUCGGUGUCAAUAAAGUCAUGUUGUUAAUGUCAAA